CAAGACACGCUCCUCAGUCUCUCCCUUCUAUCGACACCCAGCCUCUGCGCUCAUCCCUGACCUCGAUUAUCACAGUUGCUACGAUAACUGCCGGCAUCGCAGCGACCCAAACCACUGCUCCCAGACCCACCGGAGCUAUUCGGGCGGCCAGAACGGCUCCCCCAUGACCCCUCACGAACCUGUCGCUCAGGCGCCGGCCCGCAUCCAAUCCUGUGACUCGUAUACCCAUGAGAUGCCGGCCGACUCGCAAGCCCAGGUCCAUUUCUCGGAUGCCUGCCAAGACGGCUGCACAACCCUCUACCCGGAGAAUGCCCGGGCUACUCAGAGCGCCCACAGACUCCAUCACCAGACGCACCCGCACCCGCACCAUCCCUUUCACCAAUCUCAGUUCGAUGGAUGCCAUUCCGGCACGUCCGGGCUCCCGUUUCCUGUCGACAACAGCCAGUACACCGGCGCGCCAACCCGCCCGGCGAGCGAGCCUCUCAUGCCGCCCAGCCCGUCGCCCGACCUGUCGUCGCUACCAUCUCCACAGAGCACCAUCGAUGACGACUUUGGUGCAAGCCCGCUGCUGUCUUCUCCCACCAGCAGCACCGAGGUCGCGACCGAAGUCGAGAUCGGUUCACCGCGACCGUACGAGUGCCCGACCUGCCAUAUCCGGUUCCAGCGCCGCCAUGAUCUGAAUCGUCACUGCAACAUUCACUCGAAGGAGCGACCGUUUUUCUGCUCUCGCUGCCAGCGCCGGUUCGUCCGCCGAGAUGCCCUCAGGCGUCAUCAGCGGAUGAAGAACGAGACCCGCCGGUUCCGAUGCGUCGCAACACCGCAGUGAGCGUCGCCUCGUUGUCCCUCGGCCACCGCCAGCAGGAUGUCUGCGCUCCAAAGCAGGCCUCGAUCCUCAGCCCCGCUCCGCUGCUCUGGUACACAUUCCCGUUCCACAUCAUUUCCUCUGGCGAGUGCGCCUCUCCCCCACCACCGUCUGCGCCCAGCCCAUUGCAUGUACUUGCCAGCAUACCAUCUUUCGUCUGCAUUUCUUUGGCCCUCUCUAAAGCAACAGUAACAACAGUAACAACACCAAUAGCUCUCUGAUAGAAUCAGCACCGAAACCAUAGUCAGUCAGAUCGCUUUUCUUUUCCUUCUCUCCGUUUUUUUGUAUUGGCAUGCUUUCUGUUGUAAAAAAAAAAGUGGAGAUCCCCUGGUCUCCAGCAACAGAUCAAUAAACAACAUGCUGUAGUGACACCGCUCGCUCUUGGCCUCG